GCGGCGGCGGCUGCAGCGGAGGGGAAGGGAGCCGGACCGGAAGGGUCGAAGCGCCCCGGCGCCCCUCACACCCACUGCGGCGGCCGACGGGGCGGAGCAGAGCGGGGCGGCAGGGCGGCGGGCCGAGCCCCCGGGCAGCGGAGCCGGGAACGGCUAGCGCGCUGCGCCGCCAGUCUACCGCUCGCCCUCUCCCUGGCGCGGCGGCGGGGAGGCGAGAUGAGGAAGAGGAGGCCUCACAGCAUUUUGCAGUCUGUUUCAUAGCAAGUGACUGGAAUCUGACAGCAGUACCAGCUCUUCAGAAUAUUAUAUGACACUACAUCAUGAGUGACAAUAAAUGUGAUAGUCAGUUUUACAGUGUGCAAGUGGCAGACUCAACUUUCACUGUCCUAAAACGUUAUCAGCAGUUGAAACCAAUUGGCUCUGGAGCCCAAGGAAUUGUUUGUGCUGCUUUUGAUACAGUUCUUGGGAUAAAUGUUGCAGUCAAGAAACUAAGCCGUCCUUUUCAAAAUCAAACUCAUGCAAAGAGAGCUUACCGUGAACUCGUCCUCUUAAAAUGUGUCAAUCAUAAAAAUAUAAUUAGUUUGUUAAAUGUGUUUACACCACAAAAAACUUUAGAAGAAUUUCAAGAUGUGUAUUUGGUUAUGGAACUAAUGGAUGCUAACUUAUGUCAGGUUAUUCAUAUGGAGUUGGACCAUGAAAGAAUGUCCUACCUUCUUUACCAGAUGCUUUGUGGUAUUAAACAUCUACAUUCAGCUGGUAUAAUUCACAGAGAUUUGAAGCCAAGCAACAUUGUAGUAAAAUCAGAUUGCACCCUUAAGAUCCUUGACUUUGGCUUGGCCCGUACAGCAUGCACCAACUUUAUGAUGACCCCCUACGUGGUAACUCGGUAUUAUCGGGCCCCUGAAGUCAUCCUGGGCAUGGGCUACAAAGAGAAUGUUGAUAUCUGGUCAGUGGGUUGCAUCAUGGGAGAGCUGGUGAAAGGUUGUGUGAUAUUCCAAGGCACUGACCAUAUUGAUCAAUGGAAUAAAGUUAUUGAGCAGCUAGGAACACCAUCAGCAGAGUUCAUGAAGAAACUUCAGCCAACUGUGAGGAAUUAUGUAGAAAACAGACCAAAGUAUCCUGGAAUCAAAUUUGAAGAACUUUUUCCAGAUUGGAUAUUCCCAUCAGAAUCUGAACGAGACAAAAUUAAAACGAGUCAAGCCAGAGAUCUGUUAUCGAAAAUGUUAGUGAUCGAUCCUGACAAGCGAAUCUCUGUAGAUGAAGCCCUACGUCAUCCAUAUAUUACUGUUUGGUAUGAUCCCACUGAAGCAGAAGCACCACCACCUCAAAUUUAUGAUGCACAGUUGGAAGAAAGAGAACAUGCAAUUGAAGAGUGGAAAGAGCUAAUUUACAAAGAAGUAAUGGAUUGGGAAGAAAGAAGCAAGAAUGGUGUUGUAAAAGAUCAGCCUUCAGAUGCAGCAGUAAGUAGCAACGCCACUCCUUCUCAGUCGUCAUCUAUCAAUGACAUUUCAUCCAUGUCCACUGAGCAGACCCUGGCCUCAGACACAGACAGCAGUCUCGAUGCCUCGACGGGACCCCUUGAAGGUUGUCGAUGAUAAGUUGGAAACAGCAAACUUGUCAUUGGCAAAGGAAUUCUUGCUUCCAUGGUCCUGAAAUGUGUGGGAGUUGAUGGAACCAAAUAGAAAAACUCCAUGUUCUGCAUGUAAGAAACACGAUGCCUUGCCCCUACUCAGUUCUAAUAGGAUUGCCUGCUUAGAUUAUAAAAUGAAGCAGAUUAUGUCUGAGAAAAAAAAAAGUACAAGCCACACUUUAGAGAUUUUGUUUAAGAUCAUUUCAGG